UCUGUUUACGUAACCUGUAAACAAAUCAGAUUUAUUACGGAGUUACAUGUUACACUUAACAUGCAAAUAGGGCCCAUCCAACCUGUAAACAGACUUCCCGGCAGAAUUUUCUAGUGAUCAUAAACAUAUCCUAACUAGUAAGCAAUAUAAGCCAUAUACUUACUAUAUACACUAUUAUGUUGAGUCAAACCAUACGGAACUCAGUCGGUAGGGUAACCUCCACUAGAGGAUAUACGGCAGCAUUAAUUCAAUCAAGAUUUGUAUCAUCUAAACCUCCUUCGUGUAAAGAUGAUUCAUUAUUAACUCCCCCGGGCAAACUCAGUCAGCAGAGAUAUGGUAAGUCUAAAGCUAAGGGGAAGAGUGCCAGUAAUGUUCAGCCAGUUGAAGGAGAACUUGGGGAUGUGUUGAAAUCCAAAAAGAGUGCUGGUAGAAGUAAAAGUACUAAAGUGAAGUCAAUAAAGAGUGCUGUUAGUGCUAAUGCUAAUACUAAUAGUAAUACUAAUACUAUUAAUGGUACUGGCAAUUCUAAUCCAGCAGCUUCUUAUAUACCAUAUUCACAAUUCCCUAAACCUCCAGCAUCCAUACUUAGUAAAUCAUUACAAGAUUUAUAUACAGAUAUGAAUCUUGAAUCUCUUAAUGAUUCUAUAACUACAGAUAUAUCUAAUAGCACAAGUAAAGAUAAUAGUGAAACUAAAAUUAAACAAUUUGAAAUUCCCGAUAAGUAUCUUAAAUCUAAAAUGAUUGAACAAAUCACUAGAAAAGAUCGACAAAUUGUCGAUGAAAUAGAUAGUCUACUUGAUAUGGAUAAUGAACUUGAAAUUGCCCAAUCUCAAUUACGAAUUAUUAAAUUAUAUUAUGAUCAAGAUACUGAAUCUUUUCAACCUAUACCAGAACAUCCAUUCCGUAAAUCAUUACUGGGAAUGCUUAAUUUAAAUCCUGCCAUGGAUAAUAUCGAUGAUGAAUAUUUAUGGCAAUUAUUCCCAAAGAAUAAAUUAUUUGGUUCCUUACCUUCUGAUCCAGAACAAGAAUUAAAGAAGAAAUUGGAACAAGAAACCAAAGCGAAACAAGAACAAAAUGAUAAGGAAUACCUUGAAUGGAAGAAAUCACUUGCAAACUCCAAAUCAAUCUAUGUAAAGGCUGGAUCUCGUCGGAAAGUAGAUCGAAAAUCAGCUAGAAAAUUUAAAAAGUUGGAGAGAGAAGGUAAACUUCCAAAACCUCAGGACUUUGAUGAUAAUGACAGCAAAUAUGGUUGGGAUUAAAAAAGUAAAAGUAAAAGUAAAAGUAAAAGAAAUAGAAAUGGUAAAAGUAGGAUUACGUAUGGUCUUGUGUAUAGU